AAUGAAGGCACUGUUGAACAGGUGAAGGGAAUCACAUACUCGUUAUCAUCAUUCUUAGGGCCGCAGACCUGGCGCUCAAACGGCGCCCGUAAUGACAAUUAUGAGAAAUCUCUUCUAAUAAACAGCGCUGGAAAGCAGUCAUCAGAUCUGUAUCACUGCGUUAUAUACUUAGCGCCGGGAGAUUACCACCGCUUUCACUCACCCGUUGAGUGGAAAAUCAGUUUUCGGCGACACUUUCCCGGAAAGUUGUUGAGCGUUAGGCCGACGUUUGUCUCCUGGUUUCCCAACCUCUUCAAUGUGAACGAAAGGGUCAGUUAUAUCGGACAAUGGAAGUACGGCUUCUUCUCGAUGACAGCUGUCGGCGCCACUAAUGUUGGAUCCGUUAAAGUCUAUUUCGAUGAAGCAUUGGCGACGAAUAGGACGAAGUGGAGAAUUGGCCGCGACUUCAAUGAUCUCAAACUGAAGAAAAACAUAAGUCUAGGAAAAGGGGAUCCGUUCGGCGAAUUCAAUUUGGGCUCAACUAUUGUCCUCGUAUUCGAAGCGCCGAAGAAUAUCGAGUUUGACAUUAAAAGCGGACAAAAGAUAAAAUACGGACAACUCAUCAGUCGGUUUGAG